AUGCGUUUCACGACCUUCGCUUCCGCUACGCUUGCCGCCUUUUUUGUCCCUGUUCUGGCCACACCAUUAGCCAAGGCAGAUGCCCCUGUCCACGAGCGGCAAUUGUCCAGCUUGACCGGCUUGCUCGGCGGACUCUUGGACCUCCCUGUCGUCGGCUCCUUCCUCUCCGACCUUGGCAUUGAGUUGGACUCCUCCUCGGUCAAUAGCGUCCUUGGAGAGGUCGACUCUGUCGCCACCAACAUCCUGACCAACGCCGGCAACGGUGGCACCCUCAAUAUCGCCGCUGAGAUCACCACCGGUCUUGCGAAUCUCAACACCACCUUCGCAGGCAACGACCAGGCAACCGGUGCUAUCGGUAGCCUCACGAACAUUGUCGGUCUCGUCGAGGGUCUCGUUGAGGCCGCUGGAAAAGAAACUGCCACGGCUUCUGGCUCCAUCCCCAUUGUUGGCGACAUUCUCGGCGAGGUCGGAUCUGUGAUAGGCAGCCUCACCGGUGGCAAAUACGCUGGUGCGUCUUCGUCGGUCAUCCAGAGCGUCCUGAAGGGAGGACUUGGCAACUUGACGACGCUUGUGGACCAACUUUCUGCUCCCGGCAUCGUGAGCUCGCUCACUAGCGUUGUCGGCGUUGUUACAAAACUCGGAGGAAACCUGGUCGGCAAGACCGUCUCUGGCGGUUUUGACGUCGGCGGCGUCCUGAGCUCGGUUCUCGGAUUUCUCAAGUUGUGA